AUGGCUCUUCGUGGAGGCGCUGCCAACCGUCGCUUGUCGACCAAGAAAAAGUUUGUGGCCGAUGGAGUGUUCUAUGCGGAACUCAAUGAGUUGUUUACUUCGGAAUUGGCCGAAGACGGAUACGCCGGAGUCGAAGUCCGUACAACUCCCCACCGCACCGAAUUGAUUUUGAGAGCCACGCGUACUCAGAAUGUGUUGGGAGAAAACAAUCGUCGCAUUCGCGAAUUGACGAGUAUCGUGCAAAAACGAUUCGACUUUCAAGAAGGUGCCGUCGAGCUGUAUGCCGAACGCGUUCAAAAUCGCGGUCUCUGUGCGCAAGCUCAAGCCGAAUCGCUCAAAUUCAAACUGCUCGGUGGAUUGGCCGUGCGUCGUGCGUGUUAUGGUGUCGUUCGAUUCGUCAUGGAAGCUUCUGCCAAAGGUUGUGAAGUCAUUGUCACGGGGAAACUGCGUGGACAGCGUGCCAAAGCCAUGAAAUUUGGUGAUGGAUACAUGAUCAAGACGGGUCAUGCUGGACAAGUUUACACCGAUAUGGCGGUCAGGCAUGUACUCAUGCGUCAAGGUGUUAUUGGAAUCAAGGUCAGUAUCAUGUUGCCACACGAUCCCAAAGGACAACAGGGACCCAAGAUUCCACUCGAUGAUGUUGUCACCAUUAUGGAACCCAAGGAAGAAAUCAGUCCGGCACAAAUGUUGGCGGCGCAAGCGGCGGCACAGCAACAACAGGCACAGCAGGCGGCCUAUUUGCAGGGAGCCGCUGCUGCUGCCGUUCCAGCUGUGGAUCCUGCCAUGCCUGCGGCUCCGGUCGAUCCUGCGGCUGUUGUGCCCGCUGCUCCUGCCAUGGAAGCUGCCGAUCCUGGUGUCGCUGCUGGUUUCUAA